CGCGCCAGGUAUCGCUCCACGCCGCGGGGGAUUUGCGAAUGUGAGGGUUGAAUUUGAGGCGUUUUUUUUCUUUCGACCAACGCACGAUCUGUCAUCCCUGAUCAUCGGAAUCGGUUUGGAAGACUUAUCUGUCUAUUCUCUGUACUGCCUGCUGUGUCAGCCGCAGCUUGUCGAUUGUGACAGUUGAGGGUGUCGCGCAUCCUUUCACAGUGCGGGCUGCAGUGUACAUGUGAUUUAUCCGAUUGUGUGACUGUGUCGAUGAUCGCAUCUGUGACGAUUGCGAGUCAGCCGAUUACUGCGAAGUGUCGUGUGUCGGAUUUCUCUGUCGCAUCGUUGAUUUCCGAGUGAUUCCGAGUGACAUUGUGCAGUGACGUUGUCUCGAGCGAAACAUUCUAAUCGGAAAGUAGAAUUUUGAAAGCGAUCGCGGUUAUGGCUGUGACGAGAACGACAGAUUGCGAUGACGGCCGAGGGCGAAGGUGCAAUCCUCGAAUGGGAACGAGAGCCGGUGGUCGCCGAGCGUCAAAGGGAUCAUUUGGCGUCAAAAGUGGAUCGGUUGCGGCAAAACGCGGCGGUUCCGGCAAGUUCCUUCUGGUCGGCGCUGUCCUGGCCGUACAAUUUGUCGGUGCGGCGGCGAUAUCCAGCAAGGCGGGCGGUGAUAUCCAAGUGGACUUUAAAAUGCCAAAAGAGGCUGUGGUGGGUUCCACGAUCGAUUUGAAAUGCGAAUGGCGAAUAUUGGGUGGCAGUGGUCUUUACUCGGUCAAAUGGUACAAGGAUGAUCACGAAUUCUUUCGAUUUCUGCCAGACAGCAGUCAAAGGAUCCAGAUAUUUCCUCGGCCCGGUGUGAAGGUCGAGACAAGAUCGAACAACGAAAAGAAAUCGAUUAAAUUGAAAGAUCUCAUCCUCGAGAGCUCGGGUCAAUACAAAUGCGAAGUUUCCACCGAGGCGCCAUCCUUUGCUACUACUUAUGAGACGGCCAAUCUGACGGUGAUUCAGCCUCCGACGAACAACCCGGAAAUCACAGGCCUGUCCCAGAACUACGCCGUUGGCGAGAACGUGACUGCCACCUGCAUCGCCUGGCCGUCCGUGCCUAAGGCCAAUCUACAUUGGACCAUCAACGACGAUCCGGUACCAAACGAGAAUAUUGUUCAGCUUCAGGCGCCGAUGGCGCCCACGAACAGCCAGGGCAUCCCGAACAGUCUGGGGCUAAGAUUGGAGACCGAACACCGACACUUCGUCGACGGCAAACUAAUAAAGAUCAAAUGCAUCGCCGAGGUGGGCUCACGCAAGUACGAGACCGAGCGCACAGUGCAAAUAGCCUACGUAAACAAUCAGAGGCUGAGCGCCGGUGAUAUGCAUGCGUCCGCGCGCAGCAUCCGCACCGAUCUCCUAGCCAAAUUACUGACGGCGAUCCUCGCCCUCGUUCUACUCACGACGUGACCUACCGGUUUUCUCCUCGCGUGAGUCCGCCUCCACGAACGGAAAUCAUGUUGCAACGCGCGCGCGCAAUUGCGCUAGGAGCGCGCGGCGGGUUCAGUGUCAGUUGUCCGAUCCUUACGUAUAUAAAAGUUAGGCUUAGUUAUUAAGCGACGAUACACACGACGAUCGGCGAUUAAUCGAUCAACCGGUUCGCUCUCGACCUAAACGCGCUCUGCGAUGAUACACCAUUAUCGAUAAGUUCUUUAGAAGCAACACAUGGAAGAUGAAAAUCUUGUGGAGUAAAGACGAUCGCAAUGGAAGAAUAAGUUCAUACUAAUUAAAUUAUUUAGUUGGUGU